CAGCCCUGCAGGGUGAGCAGUCCAGCCCUGGGUCCAGCGGAGCUAAAACGCUACAGCCGGGAAAACGUCCAUCUCCUUCUCCUGGUUUUGAUCCUCACCGGACAGCAGACCCGAGGCGCCGAUCGACCGGAGGGAGGAUGAGAGAUGACCGGUCCUUUGGCAACCUGACCAUUUCCUUAGCAGAGCCUUCCAAAGCGAACCGGAGACUGGCCGCACGACCCAGGAGGCGCCGCGCCUCUUGUGGAUGUGUGUGUAUGAGUGAGCAGGCGGGUGUGUGUGUGUGUGAGUGAGGGUGUGUGUGUGUAUAUGUGUGUGUGUGUGCGCGCGUGUGUGUAUGCGCGCGCUUGUGGUGUGGAUGGGUGUGUGCACAGCACAAUUGUGUGGAAGCGUGUCUGGGUGAGUGUGUGUGUGGAUUCGUGAAUGUGUUUGUGUGUGUGUAUGUGUGUGUAUGUGUUUGUGUGUGCUCUUGGCUGCUAUUAGUAUUAUUAUUAUUAUUUUGGAAGAAAAAUCCUGGAAAUCUGGGGCAGGCUAUGGUACUCCCAGGGUGAUUUCUUCUUUUGCAAGAGGAGCUGACCAGAGCAAGCCACUAGAGCCAUUUCCCUGCCAGCAGAGAGCAUUUUCCUCCCAGAAGAAGGAUUUCAACCCCCGGCUCUGCAGCCAAGUAAAAGAGAUUAGCCCUGAAACCUGUGAAAUCGACCAUUGCUGUGUGAUUACCCAGGCUUGGGAGAGGACUUGGAAAGAAAAGGAGAAAUAAAUCAAACAGCCUGUCAGUUCUUUUUGCCACGUCGGAAGAUGUCAUCUCAAACUAAGUUCAAGAAAGACAAAGAGAUAAUUGCUGAAUAUGAAGCCCAAAUAAAAGAGAUCCGCACACAGCUGGUGGAGCAGUUCAAAUGCCUGGAGCAGCAGUCAGAGUCGCGGCUGCAGCUGCUGCAAGACUUGCAGGAGUUCUUCCGCAGGAAAGCUGAGAUCGAACUCGAGUAUUCCCGCAGCCUGGAGAAGCUGGCCGAGCGCUUCUCCUCCAAGAUCCGCAGCUCCCGGGAGCACCAGUUCAAGAAGGAUCAAUACCUGCUCUCGCCUGUGAACUGUUGGUAUCUGGUGCUGCAUCAGACUCGGCGGGAGAGCCGAGACCAUGCCACCCUCAACGACAUCUUCAUGAACAAUGUCAUCGUCCGCCUCUCCCAGAUCAGUGAAGAUGUCAUCAGACUCUUCAAAAAGAGCAAAGAGAUUGGCCUGCAGAUGCAUGAGGAGCUGCUGAAGGUCACCAAUGAGCUCUACACAGUCAUGAAAACCUACCACAUGUACCACGCAGAGAGCAUCAGUGCGGAAAGCAAGCUGAAGGAGGCUGAGAAGCAGGAGGAGAAGCAGUUUAACAAGUCAGGAGACCUGAGCAUGAAUCUGCUCCGGCACGAGGACAGACCCCAGCGCCGCAGCUCCGUGAAGAAGAUUGAGAAGAUGAAGGAGAAGAGGCAGGCCAAGUACUCUGAGAACAAACUCAAGUGCACAAAGGCGCGGAAUGACUACCUGCUGAAUCUGGCAGCCACCAACGCAGCUAUCAGCAAAUACUACAUCCACGAUGUCUCUGAUCUCAUCGAUUGCUGUGAUUUGGGCUUUCACGCCAGCCUGGCCCGCACCUUUCGGACCUACCUCUCAGCAGAAUAUAACCUGGAGACCUCUCGUCAUGAGGGCCUGGACGUCAUAGAGAAUGCAGUGGACAACCUGGACUCCCGGAGUGACAAGCACACAGUCAUGGACAUGUGCAGCCAGGUCUUUUGCCCUCCACUCAAGUUUGAGUUCCAGCCCCACAUGGGGGAUGAGGUCUGCCAGGUCAGCGCACAGCAGCCGGUCCAGACGGAGCUGCUUAUGCGGUACCACCAGCUGCAGUCCAGGCUGGCCACUCUCAAGAUCGAGAAUGAAGAGGUUCGGAAAACCCUGGAUGCCACCAUGCAGACCUUACAGGACAUGCUGACGGUGGAGGACUUCGAUGUCUCUGAUGCCUUCCAACACAGCCGAUCUACAGAGUCCGUAAAGUCAGCUGCUUCUGAAACCUACAUGAGCAAAAUCAAUAUCGCCAAAAGGAGAGCCAACCAGCAGGAAACAGAAAUGUUUUAUUUUACAAAAUUUAAAGAAUAUGUGAAUGGCAGUAACCUCAUCACCAAGCUGCAAGCCAAGCAUGACUUACUCAAGCAGACCCUGGGUGAAGGGGAGAGAGCAGAGUGUGGCACGACCAGGCCCCCCUGUCUUCCCCCUAAACCACAGAAAAUGAGGAGACCUAGGCCUCUUUCAGUGUAUAGCCAUAAACUCUUUAACGGCAGUAUGGAAGCGUUCAUUAAGGAUUCAGGACAAGCUAUACCGCUUGUAGUCGAGAGCUGUAUUCGGUUCAUCAAUUUAUAUGGACUCCAACAGCAGGGGAUCUUCAGAGUUCCAGGGUCUCAGGUUGAAGUCAAUGACAUCAAGAACUCCUUUGAGAGAGGCGAAGACCCCCUCGUGGAUGACCAAAAUGAGCGAGAUAUCAAUUCAGUGGCUGGUGUUUUAAAACUGUAUUUCCGAGGACUGGAAAACCCACUCUUUCCUAAGGAAAGGUUUCAAGAUUUGAUAUCUACUAUUAAACUGGAGAACCCAGCUGACAGGGUGCACCCAAUCCAGCAGAUCCUCAUCACCCUGCCCCGCGUGGUCAUUGUGGUCAUGAGAUACCUCUUUGCUUUCCUCAAUCACCUUUCCCAGUACAGUGAUGAGAACAUGAUGGAUCCCUACAACCUGGCCAUCUGCUUCGGGCCCACCCUCAUGCACAUCCCUGAUGGGCAGGACCCCGUAUCCUGCCAGGCGCAUGUCAAUGAAGUCAUCAAAACUAUCAUCAUCCACCAUGAAGCCAUCUUCCCCAGCCCUCGGGAGCUAGAGGGACCUGUGUACGAAAAAUGUAUGGCUGGAGGGGAAGAGUACUGUGACAGCCCACACAGUGAGCCGGGGACCAUUGAUGAAGUUGACCAUGACAAUGGCACGGAGCCUCACACCAGUGAUGAAGAAGUGGAGCAGAUCGAAGCCAUCGCCAAGUUUGACUAUGUGGGGCGGUCCCCUCGUGAGCUAUCCUUCAAAAAAGGGGCCUCACUGCUCCUAUACCACCGUGCUUCAGAGGACUGGUGGGAGGGCCGCCACAACGGUGUAGACGGACUCAUCCCUCAUCAGUACAUAGUUGUACAGGACAUGGACGAUGCCUUCUCCGAUAGCCUGAGCCAAAAGGCUGACAGCGAGGCCAGCAGUGGGCCACUGCUGGAUGACAAGGCCUCCUCCAAGAAUGACCUCCAGUCCCCCACAGAGCACAUCUCUGAUUAUGGCUUUGGGGGGGUGAUGGGCCGAGUGCGACUACGGUCCGACGGAGCAGCCAUCCCCAGGCGCCGAAGCGGGGGCGACACACACAGCCCACCCCGGGGCUUGGGUCCCAGCAUAGACACGCCACCCCGAGCUGCUGCCUGCCCCAGCAGCCCCCACAAAAUCCCCCUCAGCCGGGGACGGAUUGAGAGCCCUGAGAAGAGGAGGAUGGCGACAUUUGGGAGUGCUGGCAGCAUCAACUACCCUGACAAGAAGGCACUGACAGAAGGGCUCUCCAUGAGGUCGACUUGCGGCUCCACGCGACACAGCAGCCUAGGGGACCACAAGUCCCUGGAGGCUGAGGCCCUGGCAGAAGACAUCGAGAAGACCAUGAGCACGGCUCUGCACGAGUUGCGGGAACUCGAGAGACAGAAUACUGUCAAGCAGGCACCAGAUGUGGUGCUGGACACCCUGGAGCCCCUGAAGAAUCCACCAGGCCCCAUCAGCUCAGAGCCCGCCAGCCCCCUGCACACCAUUGUCAUCCGCGACCCUGACGCUGCUAUGCGCCGGAGCAGCAGCUCGUCUACCGAGAUGAUGACCACUUUCAAGCCAGCCCUGUCGGCUCGCCUGGCUGGCGCUCAGCUGCGUCCGCCUCCCAUGCGUCCAGUCAGACCUGUGGUCCAGCACCGAUCCAGCAGCAGCAGCAGCUCAGGUGUGGGCAGCCCGGCAGUGACACCCACAGAGAAGAUGUUCCCUAAUAGCUCCUCGGACAAGUCUGGCACCAUGUGACCUGCAGGACCGGUGACACGGCCGUGGCCCACUGCAGCACAUCAAGGCCUAGGGUGGCCUCAGUGGCUUCUACCUGCUUCCCAGGGAUCUCCUGGCCUUGGAGGGCAGAUCCUAGAAGGUCAGCCUGGGAGGGUGUAUGUCUGUGGAGAGCAGAGGCCCAGGCGUUAGCUGCAACUCCUACUCAGCCAUGUGAAUGCCACAGACCUCUUGUGGGCAAACAGACAUGCCAAGGAAUGCUGGAGCAAGAUCAGUCCCAAGGACAUUGUUUCCUAAGACUGAGGCAGAUGCUAACCAGCUUCUCCUAUUGUCACUGGAAAGUUAUUCUCUCGAUAUUCUCUACAUACGUAUAUAUGUGUAUGUAUAUAGAUACAUGCAUAUAUACGCAUAUGUGUACGUAUGUGUCUGUAGGUGUGUGUAUAUAUAUAUUUAUGCAUCUAUAUACAUAUACUAGAGAGCCGGACAUACACACAUGCUAAUUGUAUAUAGACGCUCCUUUUUUUCUUUUUAUGAAACUUAGAUUUACCUCAGACCCAUGCCACCAAACAUCUCCCACUCUAACUCGGUGGGAUUUGCAGGGACUUCUCUGGGAGAACUUAGAGGCCCCACAGUAACUGCGAAUGAAGCAAUAUACCACUAACCUGCAGAGACACAAAACCAGAAACAGUCUCCAGCUGUCUCCAGAAGUCGUGGCCUUCCAGAACAGUCUGCCCCUCAAGGAAGGGUGGGGCAGGCAGUACCCACAAGCAGGCUGUCCCUAAAGGUGGGGAACCCUUCAUAGAAAAACCCUUCACCCACCCCACCCCCAGAGACCCUGCCCUGUCACCCGGAGGUCAAAGGUCAACUGUACCCCCAAAAGGCACAGGGGAAGUUGGCACGAAGACCCUUGAGCUUGUAUGCUGAAUCAGGAUGGUGAGAAGCUGUGUGCCAUCCUAGCAGAGCAUCACCUGUGGUUGGGGGAAAAAGAACAGGAGAAAACAGACGAAAUCCCAAACAGUAGUAAUGAGUAGCUGAAACCCUAGAAGUGCUGUAGGGAUAAAUCUGUGGUGACUAUACAAGUUUUACUUCUCUCAUUUUCAAAAUAUUAAUGUUUUAUUUUUCUUCCUCGUUCUACUGAUUAUGCUUUGUCAGAUUUGGAAAUAAACGGGCAAGGGGGCGUUUGGUCACACCAUGUCUGUCUGAGAGCAGUCCACACUCUGCUCCUCCCCGCUGGAGUCUCCAGUGCCUAGUCAGCCCUCGGCCCCAUCCUAGGAGGACUGUGCUAGGAAACACCAUAGGCUGGGAUUCUAGGAAAAUGGGCAGUGCUCCCCACCCUCCCUUCCCUUCCUCUUCUUCCAUUCCUUCUAAAGCAGUUAAUGUAGACAAACAUGGUGGUAGAAACAAGGUACGUGAUUCUGUAGUGUCACAACGGCCUUCUGCAUGGCUAGUGUUUGAUUCCGUUUUACCUGCUUUUUUUGUUGUCUUCAUUUUCCAGAUACUUCAGAAUUGUUGGAUAAUGCGCCACAGGCGAAUCUAAUCCUAAUGGGACCAUUUCUACUCUCCCUCUGCAUGCCAAACCAAGGAUCUUUUUCUCCUCCUCCUCUGUCUCUUCCUCCUCUUCUUUCUCCUCCUCCCCCUUUUCCUCUCUCUCUCUCUCUCUGUCUCUCUCUCUCUCUCACACACACACACAGACAGACACACACACACACACACACACACACACACACACCCUGUCUGGUUCUCUGCCUAACUCCAAAUUUUACAGUCCAGAAUCCAGAAUCUGAGUCACAGCCCCCACAGGAGCCGUGUGACCCAUGGCUGCGCCUACACUACUCCUGUCACCUACAGAUGCUUUCAAGUGCCACCCUUGGCAUUUCUUCCCUUUGGGUUUGCUUCCACCAUCUCUUGGGUCCUCCAUUUAAAGGUCUCUUUCCCCUUUCCCCAGGGAGGGACCUAGUGAGUCACUGGUCCUUGGGUAUGGGACCAUACCCAAGGGCCUGAGGAUCAGCACUGAGUACACUGUGGAAUCAGAAUGGGCUCAAAAUGAGACUGUCAGUAAGAUGCCCAAGCUAUCAAGCCUUCCUUCCCUCUUAACUCCUGCUAUGAUGGGCCCUCUGUUUUUGAGCACAUAAAGAUAUCUCCAUUUUAUAGUUAAAGACAGUAAGACCUGGGGGUGGGCUGAGACCUGCACAGGAUGUGCCAGAUGGCCUAGCAGGCUGCAUCAGGCUCAGGAAGCCCUCAUUUCCAGGAAUCUGCUCUCUCUGCUAUGCAUCCAGGAGAUGAGAUUUCUCUUUUGUAUCCCAGGGCUAUUUCCAGAUUUUUAAAGUUCACUCACCUCCCAGGCAAAAAUGCAAUAUUCUCUGCCUGGAUACCAGAUAGGAGGAAAAUUGAGUUUACAAAUCUAUUACCUGACACACCUAUUGCCAGUCACGCUGUGCAGAUUUGUCUCUGGGUUGACUUAUUUCAUUUUCCUUACUGCCUCUCCCCAAAGGUCCCGAGAGCAGAGCCUCAGCUGUUUUCCUUAAGCAUCUAUGUUUCCCCCCAUUGGCAAGUGGCUGAUGGAUUCACAUUUACAGAAGCACACACACAGAAGGCAGAUGAGUCCCCAACUCUUCCAAGCCCCAAUCUGAGCUUUGAUUCAGAACAAAUGGAAAAACACUGUCCACCCCCAUCCCCAACACACUUCUUCAUCUGGUCCCCUUGCAUGUCUCAGCCACUCCUAGGCCCCAACUCCGUCCCAUCGGUGUCUAUCUAGUGUGAGCAUCUCUCUUCCAACUCCUGCCUGUUUUUAGUCCACUAUAUAUUGCUGUAUUUGUUAAAUGCUGGAAAGUAACUGUUAAAAUGUGAAACUGUAAUUUUUUUUAAAGAAGGCUACAAUUACAUUAUAGCCAUUGCCACUCACCAAAUCUUUGCACCUAGUAGAUAGAUUGAUGUAAAAACAAAUACCAGAAACCUAAUUGUACAGUGAUUGGGGUGGGGGGUGUAGUAACAUAGUUAAUAGUCCUCAAUAUAGCCAAGCGUACAAGGGGAAGUGGUGUCUACCAAUGUUCAUCACCAUUAUUGAAAGCUGUACUGAUCAGUUAGUUUAUAACGGGCAUUUAAAAAACUUUAUUUUGGCUUUCAUGGAAUGAUUUCUUAACCUCCAACUUACCCCGAGGUCAAGCCUUUUGUCUUUAUGUAUAACCAGUGUUCAGUCUGUUUUAGGAAUGAACCAGCAAGAUGUUCAUUUAAUUAAAACUGACCAAAGACAAUUAAUUCCUGGUCUAGUUUCCUGGGCACCGUGGGGCCCAGCUGCCGCUAAAGACCUUUCUCCGAUCAAUUUGAGAACAAGCCGAGCUUCCGACCCCACUCGCCCUCCCCGCCCUCCUCUUUUCCCCCCUCCGUCGAGCUGCUCUGAGCUGUGGGAUCCUGUGAACAACUGUCGUCUUUCCUUCUCUUCAGUGCUAACUUCUCACCUUGAAGCGCCUUUUGAACCCCGGACAGAGCACACAACUGGAGGGAAUUGUGGGCAUGGAAAUUAAGACUAGGAAGUCUUUCUCUGAAGUCACUAAACCAGGGGUCAGGAGGGAAAUGGAUUCCUAAGGAAUGGAAAGGUUUCUAUCCAAUGAAGAAAUCAAAUGGAGUGGGAAGAGACACAGGGAAAUGGAGCCAUCCGUUGGCUACUGGCUGGAAUCAGCAGUUCAGAGGUCUGCCUUAUAAACACUUUAGACUGGUUGGUGGUACACAAAGGGGAGCUGGUUGGAGGGGAGCCUGUUCAAAGGGCUCCCUUCUUUGGCAUCUCCUGGAGUGCCUUGUUGGGUGCAUUCCUUUCUUAUUCAGGAGGCAUGGAUGCAGAGGACAUAUUGUGACUUGGUACUUGGUCAUCGUCAAGUGACCAGUGCACAUACAUUUGGAACAGUGCUGGAAAACCUCAAGGACUAACACAACAGUCCUCCCUCUCAGCCUUUCUGUUUCUAACUUCUCAUCUUCCAGAUGGUUCCACACUAGAGCAAACACCUCAUUCUUCUGAGAAAAAAAAAAAAAAACAGAAAGGGGUGGAGUGAGGUGUCAUUUCUAGUUGCGGUAGUGGGUCCCCUUGGACUGGGAGGGAAAGGCAGGAAGGGGUGAGCCAAGGUAUUGCUUAGCUGAUUUUCUGCUGUGCAGAGCUAAUGCUGACAGUUCGUGUCCACUUCCCUGGUUCUCUGGGGUCUCUUCUCCACUUGAGAUGAAUUCCAAGUGGAGAAUUCCACAUACUCCAAACUACCCAUGGGGACUGCCAGGAGGGACUUCACUGUUAGUCCAAGACCUCCUGGCCUCUCUUAAGGUUGAUCUGCCGGCAUACUAUUGUCCCAUCCUUUGGGACGGGCCAAAUGGCUAUUGCUGUCCUUAGCUGACAACUCCUUUCUGUGCAAACUGUCCCAGGCAAAUCACAAAGCUGUUCCUUGAAGCGGAACCGCCAGAGUGCACUUUCCUUCCCUAGAUGGAAGUGGGUCGAGGCUAGCUCUGCUGCCCAAGCCCUCGUUCCAGGCAGUGUGACUGUUUACAUGGUUUGGCAAUAGGUUUGCUUCUGAUUGCUUCAGAGUGGCUGGUCUAUUUUGUUUGCUUUGCUUUCUCUCUUCCCCCAAAUUAUGACAGGAGAAACAAACCGAAACCACCCUCGGAAAUUGCUGGUUGCCUGUCCCCAUGUGAUGCUAACUGUUGCCCUCUCCUGGGUAUCAUUAUUUUAUGACCAAAUGCCCGUCCUAUAGAGUGUCUGAUUGGAUCCUCUGUUGCGUAUUCUGAUGGUGCCUGCUGGUUUGAUGUGGAGCUAUCCUGUGAAAUAAAACAGCUUAACUUUUUCUCAAACA